AUGAAGCUGGUCUUGUUGGUCUUCAGGGUGCUGUGUCUCGCGUGCCUGUGGCCAGUCACCCUGCUCGACAACCGGUAUCCUGACCGCAAGAAAAACAAGGAUGUUUACCUGGGCGAGCAUGCCAAACACAAAUUUAAAGGGCGAAUAGACUACAAACUAAAGAGGAAGGACAGCACAAAGUCUCUUCUGAUCAAAACAGAACAGCUGCUGAGGAUCGAAGAUCACGACUUUGCCAUGAGGCCUGGAUUUGGAGGGUCUGCCAUCCCUGUGGGCAUUGAUGUGCAGGUGGAAAGCAUAGACAGCAUCUCUGAAGUAGACAUGGACUUCACCAUGACGCUGUACCUGCGGCAUUACUGGAAGGACGAACGGCUGGCUUUCCCCUCCACUAACAAUCUGAGCCGCACAUUUGAUGGGCGCCUGGUGAAGAAGAUCUGGAAGCCGGAUGUGUUCUUCGUCCACUCCAAGCGUUCCUUCAUCCACGACACUACCAUGGAGAACAUCAUGCUAAGGGUUUAUCCAGAUGGAAACAUCCUCUACAGCGUCAGGAUCACAGUUACGUCUCUUUGUUCGAUGGAUUUUAGUAGAUUCCCGUUGGAUACUCAGAACUGUUCCCUGGAGCUGGAGAGCUAUGCAUAUAAUGAGAAUGACCUCAUGUUGUACUGGAAAAACGGCAAUGACUCUUUAAGAACAGAUGAGAUUGCUCUCUCUCAAUUCUUUAUUGAAGAAUUUCAUCCGUCUCAUGGUCUGGCAUUGUACAGCAGUACAGGCUGGUACAACAGACUAUACAUCAACUUCAUCCUGAGACGACACAUAUUCUUCUUUAUGCUUCAAACGUACUUUCCCACAAUGCUGAUGGUGGUGCUCUCUUGGGUGUCUUUUUGGAUCGACAGGCGGGCGGUGCCAGCCCGUGUCUCAUUUGGCAUCACUACGGUGUUGACAAUGUCCACCAUUAUAACCGGAGUGUCAGCAUCCAUGCCUCAGGUGUCAUAUGUGAAAGCCGUGGACAUCUAUUUGUGGACCAGCUUCCUGUUUGUGUUUCUUUCGGUCAUCGAGUACGCUGCUGUCAACUACUUCACCACCAAGGUGGAGAUGAAGAAACUUAAGCAGUUAAAGCUGUCAGAAUUCGAUGCCUCUCAGGCCAUGGCGUUUGACGGCUGUUUCCACGACACAGACAUAGAGCUCAGCACGUUCCCUCCAAUGUCCUAUCUGAACUCUGACCCGUGCAUGACAUCCCUGAACUCUGCCGUACCAGACCUACCUCGCAUCAUGGGCACACGCCUCCGUCGCCGAAGGUCCAUUCGCCAAAGUGUCAACCAUAUCAUGAGCAACAGUUACAAGAUAGACUCCUAUUCUAGAAUAUUCUUUCCUGUGGCAUACAUAUUCUUUAAUUUCAUCUACUGGAGCAUCUACUCUUGA